AUGCGGACAUGGAAUUGGGUCAUGCCAAUGACCCUACUGGGUCUGCAUUCAUGCCUCGUCGUCGCUUGGCCAGAGCACCAGCACAAAGGAUCUGGCCAUGUCCACAAAAGAUGUCCCUUUGCGGAUGUGUCCAGUGAGGCGAAAGAGGAGGUGUACAAGCGCUCGUCAACAACAAUGAACUCUCCAAUUGAUGUCACCGGAGAACACUCAUUCGUCCCACCGAACUUUGAAAAUGGGGACCAACGAGGACCUUGCCCCGGAUUGAAUGCAUUGGCAAAUCAUGGAUACAUCCCUCACAAUGGAGUUGUCUCUUUCGGCGAGGUCAUCACUGCAGCUAAUGAAGUCUUCGGAAUGGGUAUCGACCUUGCCACCGUCCUUGCAGUGAUGGGCACAGUCUGGGUGGGUGAUCCAAUCUCAUUGGACCCUAGCUUUUCAAUUGGAGGGGUAACACCUGCUGUUACCGACCUUCUGGACAACCUAGGCGGUCUUUUAGGCGAGCCUCAGGGUCUCAUUGGAUCUCACAAUUUUAUUGAAUCGGACGGGUCCAAUACUCGCGAUGACCUUUACGUUACGGGUAAUAACUACCAGCUCAAUAUGGAAAAAUUCCUAGAGUGGUACAACAUGUCAACAGACGGCACAUUUGGUAUGGACUUGAUGGCCGAACGGGCAAAUAUCUGUUUGGAAAAGGCCAAGCAAACCAAUCCCAAUUUCUUCUACGGCCCUGUUACUGGACUUGUGGCGCGCAACGCGGGCUUCGUCUUCCCAGCUCGACUAUUGGCGAAUUAUUCACAGGAUAAUUCUGAGGGAGUUACCACGAAGGAGAUCGUCCGAAACUUUUUUGCCAUCUACGAAGAGGAAGAUAAAUUGGUCUACCGCGAGGGAUGGGAAAGAAUUCCUAUGAACUGGUACAAAACACCAAUGGACUACGGACUGCUUGAACUCAACUCGGACAUUGUUAAAUGGGCGCUGAAGUAUCCAGAGCUUGCAAGCUUCACUGGUAUUGACAUCUCUGACCUUUCUGGAGGGGUACUGAAUAUGGGUACUUUACUCGAGGGCAAUAACUUGCUCUGCUUGGUAUUCGAGGUAUUAAAGCUUGCAAGCCCUGACGCAUUGGGUGGACUAUACAAGACCCUGGCAGUUCCACUGGAAUUGAUCGAGAACAUUAUUGCGGCCCCCCUUCUCAAUCUCUCGUGCCCGGCCUUCGAGAAUUUGCAGAUGGGUGGAAAGCCUUUCUGGUCGACUGCCUUGAAUGUGUUCUCCGGUGCGAAGAAGAGCGGUUCCGCGCUUUAA